AUGAACAAAUAUGAAUGCUUUGAUGGUGCAAUAAAUUUUGAAUCUGAUUUAAAUUUAAUUGAUGCUAGUAAAUUUAGACAAGUUCCAGAUAAUCAGGAAGUCUUCAUAGGUAAAGAUAGUGAGGUUUCUGUCAUAGUUGAAGUAUUGGAACACGUUAAGGAAGCUAAAACAGAUGAAGAAGCAGCAAAAUUUCACUUUGAUUCAUUAGCAUACGACAACGACUGCGAGGAUUACAGUAUAGAUCAGCCAAUUGAACAUCUACCAGGGGAUAAGAUAUUCAUCGUUGGUGAACAAAAGAUAACGAAAAAUGAUGAAGAUCAGAAAAUAAAAAUUGCUUUAGCUGUUAUUAGAAUCCAAGACAAAUACGAUUUAAAAGUAUUGUGA